AUAAUGAAGUAUUUGUGUAUGGUCGUGGUUUUGUAAUCUUGGAUCGGACUAGUUGUCGUUUAACAUAUGCACGUUUGUAUCAUAGAAAUUAGGCCGACUUAAUUCCGUGAUGACAACAAAAUUUUUGACGUUGUUGUCCGCACUAGUAAGUAAACACACAGCUAAUCUAUCUCAACAUGUCAUACAUUGAAACAUCAUCAGGCAAUCGAAUAUCUCAGGAUGCUAAAAUAUCAGGAACGUCACAAAUAUCAAUAGAAUCAAACUGUACCAUCAGCCAUAAUGUCAUUCUACAGGGCGACACAUUCACCUCAGAAAGCCCUACUAUCCAAUUAGGUAAGUAUUGCUACCUUGAUACAAAUUGUCGUAUAACUCCCGAGACAACUCCAGUAACAAUCGGAUCAUAUGUUAUCAUAGGUGUAAAUACUACUGUUCACCUGUCCACCAUUCUGAAUCGUGUGAUUAUCGAGGGAGAUUGCACCAUCGCUACACUGUCAGUCAUUUACGAUUGUUGCAUUAUUAGAAAAGGUACAGUCAUCCCCAAUAGACUAGUUAUUCCUCCCUAUAGUGAAGUUAGUGGGGUACCAGGAAAAGAUUUCGCAAUACGUAAACUACAUCCAAGUUUCAAAAAGUUGAUUGAAAUUGAAGCUAAACAAUUACAGAUAUUAGGUUAAUCCUUCUUGGGAACAGCGGCCCCGAUAAUACCGGUAUUACCAUUGCCCGUUCUGUGUCUUCUUCUUCUUCGUCUGACAAAGAAAUAACCCAAUAAAUAAACGACGGAAAAUAAUGCAAGAUAUCCAAAAAUACCGUAAUCAUGAAUAUGAUCCAUGAAUUGAAAUUGUGUACUGUAGGGACUACCAGUGACACGUCUAACCACAUUAGAAUUCUCUAACCUUGGAUCCAACAAUGAUAACAAUACAUGCUUCAUUGUAGCAGGGUCGUUCUUUAGUUUCUGCCCCUUGACAUCAUGAUCCCAAUAGUAUCGGUAAUCCUUGCUUAAAACAAUUGCAUCACCACUGUCAUACUGGUCAAUAUCUAAUUUCCAACCAGGAAUAUAAUUGAACUCACUGGCCUUGGAUUUAUCAAUAUAUGUAAAUAAAACAUCAUCAUUGUUCCAUAAAUGAGGAAUCUCUUUACGCAUAGCUUCAAUGACUUUAACACUUUCAGUAUUUUGUUUCUUCAAUUCAUCGAUCCAUUUUUGCUUUCUUUGUCUAUCAGAUUCAAGUUUAUGGUAAUAGUAUUCUUUCUUAAGAUGAUGAUAUUCAUGAGCUGCGAGAACAAGAUUGUCUAGAUCAGUAGUGAUAUCUUUCUUGGAAUCAACAAAUGCAAUAACCACCUUAUAUUCUCUAUCGCUAAAUUUAGUGAAAUAACUAGGUAAUAAAUCCGGGGUUAAUUCAUGAUAUGUUGGGAAUUGACUUCUGCGGAUAAAAUCUUCUACUCUUCCAAAAAUACGAAUGUCUUCCGGUGCAUAGGUUUGGUAAAUGUCCACCAUUAAUGUAUUAUCCUUGAACACAAGAAUUGUAGGUUUGGCCGUUAAUGUUGUUGCUAUUUCCAUAGGUUUAUUAUAUUUAUAUUCUGGAGCUUUGGCAUCAUAGUUUAUAUAUUUGAUCAAUUCUUUGCUCAUACUGUUGACAUGUUCUUCAAGUUGUUUGUGUUUGGAAAUUAACAAACGGGUAUUGAAUGGAGAUUUCUGAAGCUCAAGAAGUAAGUGCGUGAGAACCAGUUCAUCUUCAGGAGUAACUGACACUUCGUCAAAGUAAAAUACAACACUGACAGCAUUCUUUCCAUCAUGGUUAAUUUUCCCUGGUUCAAGCUUAUCAACUAAUUUCAUAUGUGAGCCCAAGGUUUUCUUGGUAACUACUUCAUAUUUGCUGUUUGCACCAAGUUUAACAGCCCAUUUCUUCAUGGCAUUGAUUUCUAUUGGUCCAUCAUAAUUAACUUGGUGUAUUCUAGCCGCCUUGGGCAAAAACAUGAUGAAUUUAGGACUAACUCUCUGAUUUGGUUUAGUUAAUUCUUCAAAUCCAAGUUGGGAACAUACCACGGGAUGGUCUAAACAAUUGAAAUGUCCCGAUUCAGCCGUGAAUGCAAUUCUGUUGGACAAUCUAUCCCAAAUCAGUUGGGCAUCAACACAUCCAACACAAUUGUGAGGAAACUUAUCGUUGGACUUCCCUGGAAAUAAUGCUACAAAUUUAGGAACAGUGGCAUCACCAUUAACUAACUUCAAGAUUGUAUCGGUUUCCAACAAUUCCGACGUACUAGGGACGUUUGCAUUUUCACCGCCGUAUUCAGCAACGGACUCUUUCAAAAACUUGAUUAUAUUCUCUUCGGUACGUUGAACCAUGGGCAUUGAACCUACAAACUUCAGCUUACCUUCAGUAGUAGGAACGUACAAUCUUAUGGUGGGGUAUGCCAUGAUUCCUUCCUGAUCGCACAAAUCUCCACUUUCGACACAGUUGACUUGGCGCAUGUCGAUCUUCAUAUCAGGAUAAUCCUUAUGGAAGUUAUUAUAGGAUGACUCCCAGAUCGGAGCAAGCCUCUUACAGUGAGAACAAUAUGGUGAAUAGAAUUCGACUACUGUAAGCUGUGCGCUGGUGAUUUUGUCAAAAUCGGCGUUGGUUAGUAACGGUGGUAAGUUGGACGGUUUUUUGUCCUUGUUGUUCUUUGGUACUGGACCUGCCAUUGUAGCAGGAAAUAGCAAUAAUGCCAAUAGAUAUGACAUGAUGCGUGAUACUUGGUAUUAAUAUGUUUAUUAAUAAAAUAGAAGUUACGCUGUU